GUUAUUAUUAAAUUGCAUUUGAUAUCCGAGUGGCGUGUCGUGCUGCAUUAGGGUUUCCCAUUACAAAUUCAGAUUCUUUUCUUUUCCUUCUUCUUCCUUCGAAUCGAAUCUAGGCAUGGAUGGAAAACGCUCUCCACUGGAACUCGAAUUGGAAGAAGCUGCAGAGGAUUGGGAAUUGCUCCAUCCCAACGACAGCAACAGCAACAACAACGAACAUGGCCCAAUUGUCUUCGCUGGGCCCCCACUGGACUCCAUCAGGCCCGAUCACUUCUCCUUCCUCCAUAAUUCCAAUUCCAGUUCCAGUUCCAGUUCCAAUUCAUCGUCGGAGGUCGAUCGCAACUUCGACGAUUCCUAUGUGGCCAACCAGCUCUUCCCCAGUCCCACCGCCGCCCUCACCCUCGGCCCCUGGAGCGGAGACUCCGAUUCCGACACGGCGGCGCUGGUGGCUGAGGAUUUGAAGGAGGUGGAGGAGAAGGAGAAGCAGGAAGAGCAAGAGCAAGAGGAAGAGGAAGAGGAAGAGGAAGAGGAAGAGGAGGAGAAGAGGUUGGUGUGGUGGAAGCUUCCGUUUGAGGUGCUCAGGUAUUGGCUCAACCCUUUGCCUCUUCCUGUUUGGUCUCUCUCCGUCGCUGCUGCUGCCGCUUUGCUCGGACUCUUCUUCCUCGGACGGAGAUUGUACAGAAUCAAGCGCAAGACGCAAACUUUGAAGCUCAACCUCGCUCUCGAUGAUAAGAAGGUGUCUCAACUCAUGGGUCGUGUUGCACGUCUUAAUGAAGCAUUUUCAGUUGUGAGACGUGUUCCCAUAGUGCGACCACCAUCUCUGCCAGCUUCUAGUGUGACUCUGAGGCCUGUCAUGAGCAUGAGAUGAAGGAUCAUUUGACAAAUUACUUGAUUGAAGGUAGUGUGAAAUGCAAUAAUGUUUGUAAUACAACAAAAAUCCUUUUGUAUGAUACAUGUAUGUAUCUAUUAUUAUGUGUGUGGGAUUUGGAGUUGAAUUAUAUGAAGCUUUUAAGUAGCUUCUUGUAUAUGAUAUCCUAUCAUACUCUUACUUUUUAUGUCUUGCCA